CCCCAUCUUCCUGGCGGGGCUCAGAUGCUCCUGCCUCUUCCACCAGCUCCUCUUGCCCUGCAUGCUUCAGGGACAAUGGAGAUCUCCGGGCACUCCCAGGCCGGGAGAUGCUGCCCAGAGGCCCUGGGAAAGCUCUUCCCCGGCCUCUGCUUCCUCUGCUUUCUGGUGACCUACGCCCUGGUGGGUGCUGUGCUCUUCUCUGCCAUUGAGGACGGCCAGGUCCUGGUGGCAGCAGAUGAUGGAGAGUUUGAGAAGUUCUUGGAGGAGCUCUGCAGAAUCUUGAACUGCAGUGAAACAGUGGUGCAAGACAGAAAACAGGAUCUCCAGGGGCAUCUGCAGAAGGUGAAGCCUCAGUGGUUUAACAGGACUACACACUGGUCCUUCCUGAGCUCGCUCUUUUUCUGCUGCACGGUGUUCAGCACCGUGGGCUAUGGCUACAUCUACCCCGUCACCAGGCUUGGCAAGUACCUGUGCAUGCUCUAUGCUCUCUUUGGUAUCCCCCUGAUGUUCCUCGUUCUCACGGACACAGGCGACAUCCUGGCAACCAUCUUAUCCACAUCUUAUAAUCGGUUCCGAAAAUUCCCUUUCUUUACCCGCCCCCUCCUCUCCAAGUGGUGCCCCAAAUCUCUCUUCAAGAAAAAACUGGACCCCAAGCCCGCAGAUGAAGCUGUCCCUCAGAUCAUCAUCAGUGCUGAAGAGCUUCCAAGCCCCAAACUUGGCACAUGUCCUUCACGCCCAAGCUGCAGCAUGGAGCUGUUUGAGAGACCUCAUGCGCGAGAGAAACAGAACACACUGCAACUGCCCCCACAAGCCAUGGAGAGGAGUAACUCGUGUCCCGAACUGGUGUUGGGAAGACUCUCCUACUCCAUCAUCAGCAACCUGGAUGAAGUUGGACAGCAGGUGGAGAGGUUGGACAUCCCCCUCCCCAUCAUUGCCCUUAUUGUUUUUGCCUACAUUUCCUGUGCAGCUGCCAUCCUCCCCUUCUGGGAGACACAGUUGGAUUUCGAGACUGCCUUCUAUUUCUGCUUUGUCACACUCACCACCAUUGGGUUUGGGGAUACUGUUUUAGAACACCCUAACUUCUUCCUGUUCUUCUCCAUUUAUAUCAUCAUUGGAAUGGAGAUUGUGUUCAUUGCUUUCAAGUUGGUGCAAAACAGGCUGAUUGACAUAUACAAAAAUGUUAUGCUAUUCUUUGCAAAAGGGAAGUUUUACCACCUUGUUAAAAAGUGAAGGUUUCAUUAUCUCUCAGGUGACAGACACUGGCUGAGCUGGUUUUCUUGUGCUGUCUUUCAGGGU